GGCGGGGGGGUAGGGAGCUCGACGCAAAACUCCGAAUUCGACUCGGGCAGGUGGCAGCUGCCUCCCAACUUCGUUUUAAAGCUACAGACAGAAAAAGAGGGACCCGGACAGGGACAGCCAGCCGAGCCCUUUCGCCUUAGUGCCCAAACCAAGACAAAUCUAAGAAGGAAUGUAUUACACAACCGAUACUGCCCACGUGCGCCCGGCCAGAGCGUGGCAGCCAGCCGGUUUAUUAUUUACCAAGUUGCUGUAAACCUGGGUCUCGGCGGGGGCGUGGAUGCGGGGAAGAGCCCAGUUGCCCUAGGCUCGCUGGGGCGGGGGAGGGGAUCCUGGGAGCUCUGCGCAGUGUGGGAGAGGCUAGUUAGACAGGGGAGACCGAGGCGCUGUCUCUUUAAAUGCUAGAGGCAGAGCUCUCACCGGGGGGAGCCCAGAGCCGGAUCUACAAUCCCUUCACUCUCCCUAGCUUCGGUGCUUGUUGCUCGCUCAGCCCGCUUGGAGCUGCUGCUGCUGCCUCUUUUCUGUAACCUAGAGCCGGUCUCUUUCCAUCUCCUCAUUCACGGCUGGAGUGGAGGGCGGAAAGAGGGCAGGAGGCAAGGAGGAAGAGGAGAGAAGGAGAAACAGGAGGGAUAGUGAAAGAUACCACCGCUUCCCAAGUCCGUUGGUGAUCUACGCCAGCCGCGGGGUGAAGACAUGCUUUGCUCUCCCUUGCCCAUCCCCGCGAUCGGCGCCGGGAGAGAGACUGAGGCUCUGACUCCGGGAAACUUGCCCUAGAAGUCUUGGAUUGUGGCAGGGGCUGCCUACCCCUUGCCCCUUAACUCUCCCCACUCCCUUAAGCCGGCUCCCAAGAUUGAAGGGCAUGGUGCUUUACCAGCUUUUGGAAGUGGAUUCAGUCGGGAAAGUCGAGGGGCAUCGGGAGCGUGAUGGGCAACCAGGUGGAGAAACUGACCCACCUAAGUUACAAGGAAGUUCCCACAGCCGAUCCCACGGGCUUGGACCGGGACGAUGGUCCCAGAAUUGGAGUUUCUUAUAUAUUUUCCAAUGACGACGAGGAAAUGGAGCAGCCGCAGGGGCCCGGGCAAGACGCGGGGGAUUUGCAGGAUCUGCCCGAGGACCAGCUGCAGUCACCGCUGCCAGCUCCACAACAGCCUUACGAUCCCCGGCUCUACGAGGUGGAGUGCUCCGUGUACUAUCGGGAUGAGUGCAUCUAUCAGAAGAGCUUCUCUUCGGGGCCGGCGGCGCUGAACACUUACACCCCGGAGAAUCUACUGAACAAGUGUAAGCCAGGGGACUUGGUGGAGUUUGUUUCCCAGGCACAGUACCCACACUGGGCAGUGUACGUGGGUGAUUUCCAGGUGGUGCAUUUGCACCGGCUGGAGGUAACCAACAGCUUCCUGACCGACGCCAGCCAGGGCCGUCGGGGCAGAAUAGUGAACGAGCUGUAUCGCUAUAAGCCCCUCAACCCCAGCACGGUGGUGCGAAACGCGCUGGCGCAGGUGGGCGCCAAGGAGCGGGAGCUGAGCUGGCGCAACUCGGAGAGCUUUGCCGCCUGGUGCCGCUAUGGCAAACGAGAGUUCAAGAUUGGCGGGGAGCUGCGGAUAGGCAAGCAGCCCUACAAGCUGCAGAUCCAGCUCUCUGCCCAGCGCAGCCACACAUUGGAGUUUCAGAGCCUGGAGGACCUCAUUAUGGAGAAGCGUCGAAAUGAUCAGAUUGGGCGCGCCGCUGUGCUGCAGGAACUAGCCACCCACCUGCACCCCGUGGACCCAGAUGAAGGGGUUGGGGAGCCUGCCCGGACUACCAGCGAGCUCGCCGAGCUCCCCACUUUGCCACCGACUCCUCCCCCCUCACAGCUCCAUUCGCAGGCGGCACACUGAUGUGGAUUGCAGCCGGGAAAUUGAGCUGUUCACAGCUGUCUGCUGCUCUCCUCAGUUCCUUUCUCCCUUUCUGAACCCUAUCGGGGUUUCCAGCCUUUUUGGAAGCGGGAGGAGGCCCAUAGGAGGCUAGGGCGCAGUGAGCCCUGGCUAAUGCUCAGAAACUUAGAAAGUAGCGGUAGGAGUAAGAGGGGCAAUUCUUUGUGUGUUUUGGAGGGAGGGAUGGGAGGAAGACUUUCAUCCAGAGAUCCCCUUCGCUUCGCUUUCCCUCUCCCCUUCCUUCCCAUCUACUUCAGCAAUUAGUUCGUUGAAGGUUGGGGUCAGGUGGUGGUGUUUUGGAGUAGACCCAUUCUUGAGCCCCAUGGAGUAAGGAAGAAAGUUAAGGCUUGUGACUGCUGAGGCAUUCCUCUCUCCUUCCCCUUUCAUUUCCGAGCACGUUCCUGUUGGUUCCUUGGACAAAAGGCUAAGUGCGAGUUUGCUGGGGCUCCAGGGGAGGCAGGCACGAAGAGCUGCAGAUUUCUCUUCCCCCCCCUCCCCCAAUAGUGCUGUUUGUGGAUUGGGGGAAGGCGCAAUGAUUCAUUUCCUGGGAUUCCUGGGGAGUGAGACCGGGUGGGUAAGCAGUGGAAACCGAGACCCAUACCUAUUUUUGCUAUAAUAAGUGUAACAAAUAUUCUGUAAACUGCAGGCAAAGAGACAAAGGCUAUCCACGCCUCUCUCCCCUCCUUCUUUCCUCCCCCUUUUAGAGAGCAGAUACCACAAGUAGUUGGAUGCUGAGAGCCAGGCUCUUAGAAGAUGUCCCUCUUCCUGUUCCCUCCAGCUCCUCCUUCCUCCCAGGUUACAAGUAAAUCAUUGUCCCGGACAGGCUUGGGGAAGGAUUCAAUUAUGGUUGGGCUUUGUUUCUCUCUCCCGGAGCUGCUGUAUGCACUAGAGCUGAGCUAUUUGUUACUAUAAGAAACCAGGAGGCUGAGGGAAUGGUCCUUUGUGUCACUGAUCUAAUUAAACUUGCUCAGCUCUGUUCAUCUGCUGAACUGAGGGGCUGGGAGGGGGGGCCUGGGUGCUACCCUUCUCAGGAUCGACUACCAAAGCAGCAUUGUUAACUAAACAGUCAGAAUUGCCUUCCCCCCUUCAUAUCCGUACGUUAGUCCGCACCCCCACCCCCACCCUUAUUUUUUUUCAUCAUUAAUUUUUAUUAAUUGUUGGCUCUGUGAACGACUUCUCAUCCCCACUAUUUCCCAUGCACUAAGCUAGUGAAAAUCUACUUGGCUUGAGCUUUAUUUCCAUAGUAAAAUGCUUUUGUUUUGAAAUCAACACUUAAUAUCAUUAAACCAGUGUUGAAAAUCCUCCCUAGCUAGCAGUGGUCUCACUGCCUAAGAAAACAAGUUCUUCCAGAAUCUCUCAAGAAAAAAAUGUCAAUCAUAAAUAGAAGCCACCUUGUGAGUAGUUAAACACAAAUGCUGUUACCGAUCUCAUAAGGAGCAAAUGGGGUUGUUUAUGGGUAUAGUCCAGCAUCUGUGGCAACCAGACAAUUAGGCUGAACAGUUAUUUCUCAUAUUUGCUAAUGAGCUACUGCUCUGUUCACUAUGAAGCUUUUUUUUUUCCUUUCAUUUCACAAACUGCCAAUUGAAAAGCUUGUUCUGUCCCAGAAUGAUUUGUACACUUAAUUUUAGGAUGCAGCUAGCUUGGCUCAGAAGUAUUGGCAUUGUUAAUGCUGCUCUGGAGAACAUUGCCACAAAGGAUUGGGUUCAGUUUGUUUUUGUUUUUACUGAAACACAAUAUAGUGAGUCGGUAGUGCUCAGGCACUCUUUGUGACCAUCUGACUUACUAUAAUAUUUAAGGGUACAGUGAGCUGUGGUCUCUUGAAUUUGAAGUACCAUCAGAUUUGGUAGUUUGGGCAGAGGAAAAGAUAGUAACUCCAUAGCAUCCAUAUUUAUUUUAGUCAUAUCUUGGCUUAUCAUUUGCAUAGAAUUCAGAUCUUAACAUUUAUUAUUUGCUUAUGUGGACUCAUCAACUGAAUAUUCUGAUGUUAAAAUUGUCUUUUAAAUGUCCAGCCCCCUUAAUAGAUGCUUAAGAAAAUAAGUAGUGUUCUUAAGCCAUUAUAGUCAUUGUGACCUUAUGGCAAGUCACUUUAUCUCUCUACACCUCAAUUUCUUCUUCUGUAGUCAGAGGCAUAGACUGAUUUUUUAAGUUCUCAAAUCCAAUGAUUCUAAGGAUCUAUUCUCUAAUUUACCAAUAGGUACCUGAAGUCACACAAUAUUCUCCCAUUGUCGCUUUGUAACUGACCACCCUAGCUUUUGGCUGUCCAGAUCAAAUGUGUAACUUGUAGGAAGAAAUUCACCUUUGUUAUAAUGGGAACUUAAGUGGAGAAGGCAGAGUCUUAAGUCCUGAGUCAGUCACUUCCCUCUUCUUUAUAUCACAGCUUCCACUACCCAGAAUCAAUUGUGCACAUGGUGAGGUGGGACAAGCUUAAGCAUGGAUAAACAAAAUUACAAAAAGAGCCAGAGACCUAAUUUUAGCCAAUAGUCUCAGCUGCCUCUCUAGGCCUGCUAACAAGCAGCAGAAUUGACAGAUUUGAGUUUUCAUCUCCUUUCUUCUGUCCACGCUGGAGGGAAGUGGCUAAUGAACAGUGACCAAUGGGCAAACGAGCAAGAGGACAUAUUUUCUUCCAACUUUGUUGAUACCCUCCCCUUGCCCCCCCCCCCCCCCAUCCCUACCCUUAACUGGAAUGCUCGGGCCUACAGAGCUGACUAGUUCUUGGAAAUUAAAACGAAGAAAAGCUAAAAGAAACUUAUCGUGAAAGGAAAAUUCAGCACCAUCAGAACAUGUAUUACAAGUGGCUUUCUGGAGAAUCAGAGCUUGAUGGAGGAGGGAGAUUGAUCUCUGGUUAUUCCAAGAGUGAGGGAAAAGACCCAACACAGAAGCCUUUCCCAAACCAAUGUAAGCAUUCUUAAAAAGGAAUAUUAGGUUUUUCAUCAGCUAUGAUAAGUAGAGGCAGAUUUCCAAUGGGAUUUCCCACCCUCAUUUUAAGAAUCUUCAAUAUGGUUUUGCAGUAACAUACUCCCUCUUUCCUGUUUGGUUCAAGAGAGAAGCAGAUCAGCUGACAGAUUAACUUUUCCUCCAGGUGGCAGUGUUGUGGAUACAAAUAAAUUUUUAUUUAAGCCUCAUAGCAGUGGCUUCACCUGGCACUUUAAAAUUCUAAAUAUAUAUUUAAGCAUAUUUUUUGUUCCUUGUAAGGGAUUAAAAACCCCUUUAGAAAUAAUUUUGUACUGUGAAUUGUGGAUGCUCUUUGAAGGAAAAAUAAAUUUGAUUCUAGGGCUUCUCUGGAAGCUUGCAUUGGGAGAGGGAGUCUGCCCUACUGGAGCAUGAAGUCAAAGUCAAAUUUAUAUUUUCUUACCUGAGGAAAUAUUUUAUUGAGACUGCUUAUGUAGAAGCCCCAGAUACCAGCUUUACAAUUCUUUUGUAGCCAAGACAGAACUUUUUUUUUUUGGUAGUAUUACCCACAUUUAACUGAAAUUACUUUUUGGUACUCAGGUAGCAAAGAUACAACCUGAGAAGCAUACUUUAUUCUGAAUCUAAAAGUGCAAGUUUUCUAGUCUUUAAGAAAGACAUACAUGUGUGGUUGAAUUUUUGCCCAUUGGGUGCUUUUGGCUAUUUUCAGCACCAGCUCUUAUAGCAGCCCUGGGGGGGAACAGAUAUUUUUGAAAGCAGAACUUUACUUUUAUACAAUAAAUAAGAUAUGGAGAACUAAGUACAUGUUAACUGCUUGUUUUCUAACUUUUUUUAAAGGAAUUCACUGUGUUUAGGACUGUCACUGUUGUAUGUUUGUCUAACCAGCCACUUUUUAAAAUUUGGAGUUAACUUCCAGUGUGAUUAUAGUUACAGAUGAAUGGAUUUGAGUUUUGAAAGCCACACCUUUUUUUGUUUGUUUAAAUAAAAAAAAUCAGGGUAAUUUCAAACUUGAGUGGUUUAUAUGACUUUCCAUUACAGUGAACAAAUGUUUCACUAAAUCUACUUGAAGUUUUUUUUUUAAUUUAAUACUGUAACCCUUCAGAGAAUUUCAUAUACUAAUAGGAUAAAGCACCACAUGAAUCUUUUUUUUUCCCCCAUGAAUUACAUGGAUUUUUUUUCAUUGACAACUGUGUUUUCUGUCAUUGUUCUUAUUACCACUUCUUGAGAAGGAAGUUCAGGUUUCAGAUUGUAUCAUUUCCUUCAAAAUGAAGGGCAGGGCAUAAUCAAAAUAAAGAUUUGAGAUUUUUUCAACUUU